UCACUCUACGCUCUGUCUUCAAAACUCUGCUGGGCAUCGCUACGCGUCAAAACAUUGCGUCUCUGCAGGACUUUCCAGGGCUGGAGGAGGAAAUUUGCCUGGAAAGGAAUGCGAAAGGGGCUUUAGGAUUGGCACUGCCGCGAAGGAAACGAGGAGGUGCGACAUUUUCUCGGCUACGUGGAGAACAUUUUUCUUCCCUUCAAAGGUGUGUGCCUCCCUCCCCACCGCCCACCACGGCCCUCACCUGUGUGUUGCGGUGCUUCCCCUGCGAGCCGACCUGGGCCGGCAGUCCCUUCUUGCACCGCCCGCCAACCCCGCCCAUGGUCAGAAUGACGCGCUCCAAGACCUUCCAGGCCUACCUGCCGAGCUGCCAUCGAACCUACAGCUGCAUCCACUGCCGAGCUCACCUGGCUAACCACGACGAGCUCAUCUCCAAGUCGUUCCAGGGCAGCCAAGGCAGAGCCUACCUGUUCAACUCAGUGGUGAACGUUGGGUGUGGCCCCGCCGAAGAGAGAGUUCUGCUCACAGGCCUGCAUGCUGUGGCAGAUAUCUACUGUGAGAACUGCAAGACUACACUGGGCUGGAAAUAUGAACAUGCCUUCGAGAGCAGUCAGAAGUAUAAAGAAGGCAAGUUCAUCAUCGAGCUGGCCCACAUGAUCAAGGACAACGGCUGGGACUGAGAGAUGAGCAGCCGGGGCGGGACGCGACCACAGCGGGGCUGGGUGGCUGGACAGAGACACAAAUGGAUGUGGGGGGGCGGGAAGGGAGG